GUCCUUGUUGUAAUAAAAAUACUUGUUCUUAUAGAUUAAAGCAUGGUCGAAAGCAUUGUUAUAUGGGUCACCGAAGGUCCUUGUCUCAUGAACAUCCUUGGCGAAAAAAUUGGCGUUUAUUUGAUAAUCAUAUGGAACAUCGUGAAGCUCCGAAAAGACUUUCUGGGUACGAUGUGUUAAAGCAAUAUGAUAUGUUUGACCAAGUAAAGUUUGGAAAGCUUACAAGGAAGAGAAAAAGAGAUGAUAAGACUGUUAAUUGGAAGAAAAAGAGUAUUUUCUUUGAGUUGCCUUAUUGGAAGACAUUAUCUUUACGACAUAAUCUCGAUGUAAUGCAUAUUGAGAAAAACGUUUGUGACAGUAUCUUGGGUACACUAUUAGAUCUUGAUGGAAAAACGAAAGACAAUUUAAAUGCUCGUCUUGAUCUUCAGUUGAUGGGUAUAAAGAAAGAACUUCAUCCUGUUAAAGUGGGCAACAAGUAUUGCUUACCUCCCGCAAAGUACAACUUACACUUAAGUGAAAAGAGAGCUUUGUGCCAAUUCUUAAAAGAUAUCAAGAUGCCUGAUUCAUAUGCAUCAAACAUUGCUCGAUGUGUGCAUGUCAAAGAGUGUAAGAUAUAUGGAUUGAAGAGUCAUGAUUGUCAUGUACUUCUAGAACGACUACUACCACUUGCAAUACGUGAUCAUGUGUGUAAAAGAAGCUUUGGAUCACCUUUGAAAACUUCUAUUGUAAAAAGUCAGAAGAGUGCUAGGCUUUUAAAUAAGAGAGAGUGCUGCAAAUUUUUUGUUAUAGACUUAUGACAUUUUUCUGUGAAGAAAUAUUGGUAUUGUAAAUUUGGC